AUGACGGCACUUAUCACAGGUGGAACAGGAAGAUCUGGUCUUGCACUUGCAAAGCUACUUCAAGAGGCAAAUUAUCCUGUCGUCAUUACUUCACGAUCCGGAGAAGCGCCCAAACCUUUCAAAGCCAUCAAAUUCGACUGGUUCGAUACGACGACACAUGAGUCUGCCUUUAAAGAUAUCUCUAUCGACCGGGUGUACAUCGUCGGACCGCCUGGAAGUAAUGACUCUGCAAACAUCAUAUCUUUCAUUGAUUUGGCCGUUUCGAAAGGAGUGAAAAGAUUUGUGUUGAUGUCAGCUACUCAAAUUGAUCCAUCGAGGAUUCAAUCGGCUUUCCCAGCUGGAGCAAUACAUCAGCAUCUUAUUGACAAAGGCGUAGAUUAUGUUGUUCUAAGACCUACGUGGUUCAUUCAGAACUUUGGCACUAAUUUUCUGGUCAGCAUCAAAGAGCACAGCCAAAUAUUUUCGGCUGCACAAGACGGACGUGUUCCUUGGAUUUCAACUGAAGACAUAGCACAAGCUGCAUUUCAGGCUUUAACGGCAGAACCAAGUCCCAACAAGGAUAUCUUUGUCCUCGGUCCCGAGCUCUACUCAUAUGCCGAGGCUGCCGAGGUCGCUUCCUCCGUAUUGGGGCGCAAGAUCGAAUAUAAGAGGCUGACUAUUCAAGAGCAGGCGGAUUUCUACUCGACUUUGGGCGUGAGUCCCGACUUAGCUAAGGUCCUUGCGGAAAUGGAUCAAAAGAUUGCAGCGGGAAACGAGGAGGCUUUGUUCAAUAAUCCCCAAAUCGCUUCCGAAGGCCGUAAAUUUAUUGGAAAGCAUACGCUUCGGCAGUACUUCGAAGACAACAAGGACUUGUGGACCAAGUAG